UCUUCGCUUGUGUGUCCUUAUUUCAUCUCUGCAGGCAGAGGUAGCGGGAGCCGGCUAUAGGAUCCAGCCCCAGCCAUGCGGAGCAGGAGCAACUCCGGCGUGCGGCUGGACGGUUAUGCCCGGCUGGUGCAACAGACCAUCCUGUGCCACCAGAACCCAGUUACAGGGUUGCUUCCAGCCAGCUGUGACCACAAGGAUGCCUGGGUCCGGGAUAAUGUCUACAGCGUCCUGGCAGUUUGGGCACUGGGUUUGGCAUAUCGUAAGAAUGCAGACCGUGAUGAAGACAAGGCAAAGGCCUAUGAGCUGGAGCAGAGCGUGGUGAAGCUGAUGCGAGGUGUCUUGCAAUGCAUGAUGAGGCAGGUGGACAAAGUGGAGGCUUUCAAGCACACCCAGAGCACCAGGGACUGCCUGCACGCCAAGUACAACACCAGCACCUGUGCCACCGUGGUAGGUGAUGACCAGUGGGGACAUCUGCAGCUGGAUGCCACAUCCCUGUACUUGCUCAUGUUGGCUCAGAUGACAGCCUCAGGGCUUCACAUAAUCCACAGUCUGGAUGAAGUCAAUUUCAUACAGAACCUUGUCUUCUACAUUGAAGCUGCUUACAAGACUGCUGACUUUGGGAUAUGGGAACGUGGUGACAAGACAAACCAAGGAAUCACAGAACUGAAUGCCAGCUCAGUGGGGAUAGCAAAGGCUGCCCUAGAAGCCUUAGAUGAGCUUGAUCUCUUUGGAGCCAAGGGGGGCCCCCAGUCAGUGAUCCAUGUGCUCUCAGAUGAAGUGCAGCAUUGCCAGUCUAUUCUCCAUUCUAUGCUUCCACGGGCUUCAACUUCUAAGGAGAUUGAUGCCAGCCUCCUCUCGGUCAUCUCUUACCCAGCCUUUGCUGUUGAGGACAGCCACCUGGUAGAGAAGACCAAACAAGAGAUUAUUUCCAAACUGCAAGGUCGCUAUGGUUGCUGCCGGUUUCUCCGGGAUGGCUAUAGAACCCCAAAGGAGGACCCAAACCGCCUCUACUAUGAGCCUGCAGAAUUGAAGCUUUUUGAGAACAUUGAAUGUGAGUGGCCCCUGUUCUGGACCUACUUCAUAAUUGAUGGUAUCUUCACUGGCAAUGCAGAGCAGGUCCAAGAGUACAGAGAGGCCUUGGAUGGGGUCCUCAUCAAAGGGAAGAAUGGAAUUCGGCUGGUUCCAGAGCUGUACAGUGUCCCACUGGAGAAGGUAGAUGAAGAGUACUGCAACCCUCACACUGUUGACCGUGUGCCAUUGGGCAAGCUGCCACUCAUGUGGGGUCAAUCCCUCUACAUCCUGGGCUGCCUCAUGGCAGAGGGAUUUCUGGCUCCUGGGGAAAUUGACCCUCUGAACCGCAGGUUUUCGACUGUUGUAAAGCCAGAUGUGGUGGUCCAAGUGUGCAUUCUGGCUGAGACAGAUGCCAUUAAAGCCAUCUUGCGGAAGGAGGACAUUGAAGUGGAAACAGUGGCUGAUGUCUACCCUAUCCGAGUGCAACCAGCAAGAAUCCUCAGUCACAUCUAUGCCCGGUUAGGUCGUAACAAGCGAAUGAACCUGAGUGGGCGGCCCUUCCGGCACAUGGGUGUUCUUGGGACCUCCAAGUUCUAUGACAUCAGGAACAAUAUCUUUGCCUUCACUCCACAGUUCAUAGACCAGCAGCAGUUCUACUUGGCCCUCGACAACAAGAUGAUUGUGGAGAUGUUGAGGACAGACCUUUCGUACUUGUGCAGCCGCUGGAGGAUGACGGGGCGCCCAACCAUCAUCUUCCCCAUCUCUCAGACAAUGCUUGAUGAAACUGGCACCAGCAUCCACUCAGCUGUCUUGGCCACACUGCAGAAGCUGCAGGACGGAUAUUUUGGAGGGGCAAGGAUCCAGACUGGUAGGUUGUCUGAAUUUCUCACAACUUCAUGUCGCACACAUCUCAGCUUCAUGGACCCCGGGCUGGAGGGUAAGCUCUAUGCUGAUGAAUAUGGGCUCAGCCUUGACAGCUUCAGCGAUUUAGACCCUGAGGACUGGCUGCAUGGCUUUCGAAUGUCAGAAGAUGCUGACAUUUGUGAUGAAGUUGCCCAGUAUUUAGACCACCUUCUGGAGCACACAGUUCCCAAGGCCACCCCAUCGGCAUCAACUCAGAAGCGGGGGCUCCACCGCUUCCGGACAGCAGUGCACACCACUCGUGACCUUGUGUCUCUGAUGACAAAGGCCAAAGACCUGCAUGUACAAAAUAUCAGCAUGUACAUCCCUUCCAAGCUGUUCCAGGAUUCCCAGCCAUCUGUUAACUUGCUGGGCUCAAUGCAAAAGCAAGACACCAAGCCAUCCAUCCCUGUUGAGGUGAACCUCCCUAAGGAUGCAGCUGGGAAUGUGGACUGGAAGGUUCUGGUGGAUCAGCUCCGUGAAUGCCACUCCCUGCAAGACCAGGCCAACUACCUCUAUAUGCUCUACACCCUCAAGGGGCCAGAUUGGGAUACGGAGAUCUAUGGUGAGCCUGGGGUCACAGUCACUGAUCUCCUCACAGAGCUAUACAGCAAAGUUGGUGCUACUCGCCAGUGGGCCCUGAUCCGGUACAUUUCUGGGAUCCUGAAGAAGAAGGUGGAAGCUCUUGAUGAGGCCUGCACCAGCUUACUGUCGCACCAGAAGCACUUGACUGUGGGGCUUCCCCCUGAGCCUCGUGAGAAGACCAUCUCUGCCCCCCUGCCUUACGAGGAGCUCACCUGCCUGAUUGAUGAAGCCAGCGACAAAAAUAUGAGUGUCUCCAUCCUGACUCAGGAGAUAAUGGUUUACCUAGCCAUGUACAUCCGGACUCAGCCGGCUCUCUUUGCUGAGAUGUUCCGUCUGCGUAUUGGACUCAUUAUCCAGGUGAUGGCAACGGAGCUGGCUCAGUCAUUGUGUUGCUCAGCUGAGGAAGCCACCGAGAGCUUGAUGAAUCUCAGCCCUUCGGAUGUGAAGAAUCUUCUGCAUCACAUUCUCAGCGGCAAGGAGUUUGGAGUGGAGAGAAGCGUGCGCUCCCUGGAUUCAGCAUUGACUCCAGCUGUCUCCAUCCGCGAAGUUGGCCCAGUUGGAGCAACUAAAACAGAACGGGCUGGGAUUGUUCGGCUCAAAAGUGAAAUCAAGCAGCAAAUGGAUAAACGUAGGCAGUCUUUGUCUGAGUUUAAGUCUGGUGGUUUGCACUCCUUGGAGGUUAGCAUGGAAGCUUCCCAGGUAAAGAGCACUGUGUUAUCUGGACACUCCACACCACGAAGCGGCACAGGUGAAGACCGUCCUUUCAAGGAUGGGCGCCAAGGCCAGUGGCAGAGACGCCGGAGACUGGAUGGGGCCCUCAAUAGGGUCCCAGUGGGAUUCUACCAGAAGGUCUGGAAGAUCCUGCAGAAGUGCCAUGGACUGUCUGUGGAAGGUUUUGUUCUUCCAUCUUCAACAACCAAAGAGAUGACUCCAGGAGAGAUCAAGUUUGCAGUCCAUGUUGAGUCUGUCCUAAACAGAGUCCCCCAGCCAGAAUAUCGGCAGCUGUUUGUUGAGGCCAUUCUGGUCCUGACGAUGCUAGCAGAGGUGGAAGUGCACUGCCUUGGCAGCAUCAUUGCAGUGGAGAAGAUUGUGCACCUUGCAAAUGACUUAUUCUACGAGGAACAGAAAGCCCUGGGUGCUGAUGACAACAUGCUGGAAAAGGACCCAGCCACAGGGAUCUGCACCUUGCUCUAUGACAGCGCCCCUAGUGGCAGGUUUGGCAGCAUGACUUACCUCUCCAAAGCCGUGGUUACUUACGUGCAGGAGUUCCUUCCCAGCAGUGGCUGCACCAUGCAGUAAGCCAGUUUGGGUUUCUCUGCAUGAGCUGGAAGAACAACCCAAGGAUUUAGGUUUAGGGCUGAAGACCAGCAUUGAGUUAUCUGGUUGGCAGUUGGAUCACCUCUCCUCAGCAAAGGAGGAAUGAAACUGCCUUGGCGCAGUACCGCCGGACGUGAACUUUGUGCUGCAAUGUCUGCUGUAGGAUGAGAAAGGGACUCUUCUGAGCACUGCAAGAGAUCGUGUGUUGUGCAAGGAGCUGUGCCUGCACACAAACUGCCUACACAGAACCCCCUUUGCUUCAAGGAGGAUCUGUGUGUCUCAGACAGAGGAUUCUGGGUCUGAAUCCCCUCAGGCUGGUGGCUGCCAUUUGCACAACCUUACUGCUUGAGUUUGAACAGAGAGGUCAAGAGGGCUCCUCAUGCUCUGGGCAUCAGCUUUUAUGAGGGUUUCUGCUUGCAUGCAGCUGUAGACUUUGUUAACUGGGUAAGAUUUUUUUCGCUCCAUUUAUCCUGGGAUUUUUAUCUGUGCUCUGCGAGACUUCAAUCAACCAGAUGUGCUGCUGCUUCUUACCUAGGGUACUAGUCUUCCCAUAAAUCCUUCGUUUGUAGUCUCCUCAUUGUAAAUGCCUUGAGUGCCUUUAAUGUCACUCUUUGUAUUCUAGCAUCACCAGCGUCAGGUGACUCCUCUUCACUCCUGCUGCUGUGCUGGCCAUAGGAUGGAACUUUGGCUGCCUUGUGUCAAUCAGGGUGUUACCAUGUGCUGCAAACCAUCUCGUACAGAAACCACUCGUGUCUGAGCACGUGUUCUUUUCAAGUCAGCAGCUUGCCAAAUGAAAGUCAUUUCCUGUGCAGCCAUAAUCAGCAAGUCCGUCUGUAGGGGGAUAAAGGUUCAGCAUUAUUCCCCGUGGGGGCUUUUGUUCCAUCGUCUUCCUGCCUCCACUGAGAGAGUCUGCCAAAAGGCUUGAAACAGACCUCUGAUUCUCAUGAUUGGACUUGGCCUGCAGACAAGCUGGGGAGGGUGGAUGUGCCACCAUGAUAAUGUGUCUUAGGGAUCCAGCUGCCCUUUUCUAAGGAAACUGAUUGGAUGUGGGUUGUGGGAGAGAAGGGAAAUUGUUUGAUUCUCAGAAAAUCAACUGAAGCUUUGAACAUCUUGGAAAAGCAUUUGAUCUUUAUGGUGAGAUGUAGGGUUUCCAUAAAUAGGGCUUCCAGGGCUCAAAUAAAUGUCGUUGCCAAGUAUUUAAAAUGGCAGAAUGACUUUCUCAGAAGGGGAGCCUGCUGUAGCCCAUUAAAGGACUGAAAUCCCUGAUGAAGGCAUGUUGCCACUUCAGGAAUAUGUAACUCCAGGCUUCCCCUCCAAGGAAAGGAGCUAAGCACAGGAGCAGAGCUAGAACAUAGCAGUUCGGACCGUUCCUUGGAUGGGCUCCAGAAAGGGGCUGUGUUCCAAGCCCAGCUCCUUGCUGGAAACAUGGCCUCACUUUUGUCUGAAGCAAUAAAUAUUACAGCUGUGUUUGCUUGGUUUCAAGUGCCAAAUCUUUUAUGAAUGAAGCAGGGGGAUGAUUUACCUGCCCUCCCCCACAUCUUGAUCUGGGAUGCAAAAAUGUUUUGUUCAAGAGUUUACAUGUUUGGGCUGGUUUUUGCAAUGCACUUUGUGAUAGUUUACUGAAUUAUCCAAUUGCACUGCUGUAUGAAUUCUGAAAACUUCACACCUCACUCUUUGGGAGGUGUUAUUUUGUGUGCUGCUGAUAAGCAGGAUGCAAUUGGCUUUGUUUUGCACCCCCCCCCCCCCUCAAGAAAAUUGUAAAACCGUUCCUUUCAGUGAAGACUGAAAGCCUAGAAUAAAAUACCUCUAUUUCA